AUGGAAGUCCAGCUUUCCCCAGCUCAUUGCUUUUUUGGGCUUGGUGACGCCACCAAAAGCCGUUUCACCUACACGUCUCAUCGUAUGUGCUUAUACCUGGUGCCAGGUAGACUGAGCCGGCCUGGACUACAACUGAUAAAACGCCAACCAGUCGCAACUUAAUCCGUAUCGUUGGAUCCUAUCUAUGAGAGGUGCAUAUGUCUUAUCUCGGAAGAACGGCCAGUUUUCCUAUCUGUCGCAACGGGGCGAAGACUUUUACUGUCGUGCAACCCUCAAUCCCAAGUCUCGACCGUAUUUUUUCUGCUUUUUCUUCUCCACUCACACAGAUGUCGUCUGCCCGAGAGGGAUUAACAUGAGGUAAAAAGACUUUGCUUCAUUUGUCGGAUAAACACCAGCCCCUGCAGGAGGGACAGGCAGUCUGUCAAUGAAAGCUCUGCAACGUCUGAAAAAUACCGCCAUGAGCGAGCCUGGCCGAGAGCUGUCACCAUCCCGGCCCAAGAUGACCCCUUUUUGAGCUCUUACCGCCUGUUUGUCUCCAACAAGCACCGGUGCUUGUUGAUUCUUCUCCAGUUCCUCCACAACUCCCGCAAGAGCCGAUAGCUGGAGAAAGCGGGCGGGGCGGGAAAGAUGAUCCCCCUUGCAGCAGCUAGCAGCCUGAAAGAUGGCACUAGGCCUUGGUUGGAAGGAAGCCAACCCGCUGCUAGCCAUCAAGGGUAGAACUUGGAUGGAGCUUCGAUCCUGGCAUGGAAGUUUCAAGGCGUCUUGUGGCUUCUCUAUCACGUAAUUCGAACGGGCACCUUGGCUAAGAGGUCUUGGAGAGGAAGGGGUCGAACAUACUGCGUAGACCGGUGGAAACCAGGUGGACGAAUUCCCCGUCAUGUGUGUGCACCAACGGCGAGCUGUUGACGGAAACGGUCCACCGGUUUUACCACGAUCAUGGGCCGAUGACCAUGACAGUUGCCUCGGCGGGACUCGGUCGUUUGUCCAGCUUCACAUGCACCUUGACGGACAACUUUCUACAAAGAAGCUUCAGCGCCCACCUCCCCAGCCAGAUCGUCCUUUUUCCCCAGACUGUUUGAACCAUUCAUCUUUUCUCUAAUUGUGCUUAUCUUUGCCGUGCCAAUACGAGCCUGCCCCCCAACGUUUCGCAAAACGUUACACAUCACACAGACCGGCACCCACACUAAAGUAGGCUCGCAAGUGCCUGAUUACAACGGCGAAUCGAACGACGGUCGUGCAUGAAUCGCACUGUCACCCUGUUCCGAUCAGACGGAAGAAGCAAAGUGGCUGCAUCGCAACCUGGAAGCGAGUAAGGAUCAGAGAUCCUGACCGACUGACUGUCCGCUGUCGGGCAAUUGAAUUGCGGGCUGUGCCGCCGAGUCCUACCACGCAAAACUGCGGUCGCACUGUCACCGGUACCGCAAGCCACCACCCCUCCAACCGUUCAAAAUGUCGUCCAAAGCACCCAGUCUCACCGUCUCCUCCUCCCCAUCAACUUCCACCUCGACCUCCCUCUCCCGACUUCAGACCAUCGCCAACCACAUGUCUCCCGCAUCAAUAACAAACUUUCCCGCCGAGGCUGUGCCUCAGGCCCCCGAAGACCCUCUCUUUGGCCUCAUGAGGGCAUACAAGGCGGACCAAAGCCCCGACAAGGUCGAUCUCGGAAUCGGUGCGUACCGCGACGACAAUGCAAAGCCGUGGGUUCUCCCGGUUGUCAAGAAGGCCGAUGAGAUUUUACGCAACGACCCCGAAGCGAACCACGAAUACCUCCCCAUUGCUGGUCUUGCGUCGCUUACCAGCAAAGCGGCCGAGCUACUACUGGGCACUGGAGCCCCCGCCAUCGCCGAGAAGCGUGUAGCUUCUGUACAGACCAUCUCAGGAACUGGUGCCGUCCACUUGGGUGCCCUUUUCCUUGCCAGAUUCUACAAGGUGAAUGGCGCCAACCGCACGCUCUACCUCAGCAACCCUACCUGGGCGAACCACCACCAGAUCUUCACCAAUGUCGGCAUCCCAAUCGAGCAGUAUCCCUACUUCGACAAGAAGACCAAGGGCCUGGAUUUUGAGGGGAUGAAGGCCUCCCUCGCCAAUGCCCCGGAUCGCAGCAUCAUCCUCCUGCACGCCUGUGCUCACAAUCCCACCGGUGUUGACCCCACUCCCGAGCAAUGGCGUGAGAUUGCUGAGCUCAUGAAGGCCAAGAAGCACUUCCCAUUCUUUGAUACGGCCUAUCAAGGUUUUGCUUCGGGUGACUUGGACCGCGAUGCCGGUGCUAUCCGUUACUUUGUCGAACAGGGCUUCGAGCUCGUCAUCGCUCAGUCUUUUGCCAAGAACUUUGGUCUCUAUGGCGAACGUGCUGGCUGCUUCCACUUUGUGGCCCCUCCAGCACCGGACGCUGCCGAAGUCACCACCCGUGUAGCUUCCCAGCUGGCCAUUCUGCAGCGGUCAGAGAUCAGUAACCCGCCGAUUUACGGCGCCCGCAUUGCCUCGAUCGUGCUGAACGACAAGGAUCUGUUUGCUGAGUGGCAAGAGAACCUCCGCACCAUGUCUGGCCGCAUUAUUGCCAUGCGCCAGGCGCUGCGGUCCAAGCUGGAAGAGUUGGGCACGCCUGGCCAGUGGAACCAUAUCACCGACCAGAUCGGUAUGUUCAGCUUCACUGGCCUGUCUGAAACCCAGGUCCAGAAGAUCAGGUCAGACUUCCAUAUUUACAUGACCAAGAACGGGCGCAUCAGCAUGGCUGGUCUGAACACCAGAAAUGUCGAGUACGUGGCCAAGGCCAUUGACAGGGUUGUGCGUGACUUGUCAUGAGUUGAGUUUGGUUUGUACGUUGAGGCUUUUGCCCAAACAGCUCCGAAAUGAACCAGUCAGUCUGGGUUGUUUGUGGGACAUGGAGUUCUGUUUCGCGUCGUUUUCUUCUUUUCGAAAAGCUUUUUCUGGCCAAUGGCCGAGUUUUGACAGUUGUCUGUAAUGGUACCUCCGAGAGACUCUUGGAUGCCUUGGGUUAUUCUUUAGAUGGUUAAGCAUGUGAACGCUGGGGUGGAGAAGAAAAGUGCAUGAGCAUUACGGACAUGCAUUGGGAAUAUGAAUGAUUUGUACUUGCGGAUAGAAGUGUGCUGGACAGAAGUGUGCUGGACAGGAGUCACACCACUCUUGCUUCAUUAGAUAUGGUCAUUGAAAUGUCAGGUCCUCGGUUUUACCUUCCAAGCAACGGGUCAAGUUGAAAUACAUU